AUGGCGCACGACAUCGAGCUCUCGCACCUCGACAAACAACAGCACGUCUCCGCCUCAGGGAGCAUCCUAACAGCCCACGACGAAGGGCACACUCCGAGCCACAAAUCCAUGUCGACGGUUCCGCAGCCCUCAACCUCUUCGCAGCAACCCCUCGACGACUAUCACAACAGCCGGUAUAGCUCUGACCCCGCGGACGACGAUGACGCACAGCACGACCACACCUUCCGCGGUCAUUUCAAUCACUUUAUCGACUCCUUUCGUCGGCAGAACCCCCCUUCCUAUUACAGCAGCAGUAACCGCUCUAGUCUUCCUCGGAGUCUAACUUACUGUGAUGACUUUGAUGUCGACCUGGAACGGCACCAGCCCAUCCGGCGGAGGCCACGGCAUAAGCAUAAGGAGGAUGGACGGUUCUUUGACCUGCGUAGUGCCAGCACCAAGACGGCAAGCACAUUGUUAGCGAGGGAGUUGAAGGCCAGGCAUUUGCAGAUGAUCGCUAUCUCUGGCUCUAUUGGGACUGGUUUGUUCGUCGCAAGCGGGAAGGCACUUAGUGAGGGCGGACCGGCGUCCGUUGUACUCGCUUAUGUGUUGGUUGGUGUGAUGAUGUACUGCACAAUGCAGGCGCUGGGAGAGCUGGCUGUUGUUUUCCCUGUGGCUGGUAGUUAUUCAGCGUUCUCGACGAGAUUUUUGGAUCCUAGUUGGGGUUUUGCUAUGGGCUGGAACUACGCCCUUCAGUGGAUCGUUGUCCUCCCUUUGGAGGUCAUCGCUGGCGCAUUAACAAUAGGGUACUGGAACCCUGGGCUCAGCAGAGCUAUCUUCGUGACUAUCUUCCUCCUCGUUAUCAUCGUCAUCAACCUGUGCGGUAUCAAAGGCUAUGGUGAAGCAGAAUUCGUCUUCGCAAUUGUCAAGGUCACAGCCGUGGUUGGCUUCAUCCUGCUCGGCAUCGUGAUCAACAUCGGCGGCACCCCAACAUCAGGAUACAUCGGUGGCCGCUACUGGCGCGACCCUGGGGCCUUCAAUAAUGGUUUCAAGGGGUUGUGCUCCGUCUUCGUGACCGCAGCCUUCGCCUUCGCGGGUACGGAGCUGGUCGGUCUAGCCGCUGCCGAAACCGCGAAUCCUCGCAAAUCGCUGCCCACAGCCAUCAAACAGGUCUUCUGGCGUAUCACCCUCUUCUACAUCGUCUCCUUGACGCUAGUCGGCCUGCUGGUCCCCUACACAGAGCCCCGGCUCCUACACGCCUCCUCCAUCGCUGAUGCCUCAGCCUCUCCCUUCGUAAUCGCCAUCGAGUCCGCGGGAGCAACCAUUCUUCCCUCUGUUAUGAACGGCGUCAUCCUGAUAUCUGUCAUCUCUGUCGGUAACUCAUCCGUCUUCGGUUCCAGUCGCACUCUAGCCGCUCUAGCCGAACAAGGACAGGCACCGAAGAUCCUAGCCUACGUCGAUCGUCGCGGUCGACCUCUUGUUUCGAUCUUGGUCGUCUCGGCUGUAGGUCUACUGGCCUACCUUGCCGACUCGCACGGCCACGGCCGAGUAUUCGACUGGCUCCUCGCCAUUUCGGGUCUUUCGUCCAUCUUUACGUGGGCGUCAACUUGUCUGGCGCACAUCCGUCUCCGGACUGCAUGGGCCCGCGCCGGUCGUAGUUUGGAAGAGAUGGCCUUCAGGGCACAAGCUGGCAUAUGGGGUAGUUGGUUGGGCUUCGCACUGAACGUUGCUAUCCUGGCCGCGCAGAUCUGGGUGUCGAUUUCGCCUAUUCGCUCGGGAGAGGACGCCAAUAAGCCAUUAAGUGCGAGCGAUAUCGCGUACAGCUUUUUUGUGCAGUGUCUUGCUCUUCCUGUCGUGUUGGUUAUGUGGUUGGGACAUAAGCUCUGGUAUAAGACGAGCUAUGUUAAGAUCGAGGAUAUGGAUAUCGAUACCGGAAGGCGGGAUAUUGGCCGGUUGGAUAUUAUCAAGGCGCAGGAGGAAGAGGAUCGGGCGACAUGGCCGACAUGGAAGAAGGUUUAUAGGUUCAUCUGUUAA